AUGGAGACAAGAUUCGCUACUAGUUUUCAACCGACUACGCUUGCUGCAGCUGCUGUAGCAUUGUGGUUGGCUGCGAAGCUGCUGAAAGCUUUCACUGCUAGGAAGCGAGAGCUUUAUCCACCAGGCCCACGCCCAAAAUUUCUGAUUGGGAAUUUACUCGACUUGCCGUCUGUCAUUUCACCCAUGGCGUUCGCGGAAUGGGAGAAGAAGUAUAACAGCCCGUUGCUGCACGCUGAAGUAUUCGGGAGGCAUAUCCUCAUUGUGAACAGUCUGGAUGAUGCAAUUGCGUUAUUCGAAAGACCGGAGAGGGCAAGAAUAUACUCUGACAAACCGGAGUUCCCUGUUCUUGACAUGAUGGGGAUGGAUAUUAACGUUGGUAUGAUGCCUUAUGGUGAACAUUGGAGAAAGCAUAGGAGGGUCAGCCAUCAGAAUUUUAAUAUCCAGGCUGCGCUGCAGUACGAACCCGUCCAAGCGAAACACGUCAGGAAUCUACUACAGAAUAUCCUCGAUAGCCCUGCACGGUUCCACGAUCACAAUAAAUUGUACUCAGCAGCGAUCACGCUAUCAGCGAUGUACGGCUACGAAGUCAAAUCCAUCGACGAUCCCUGCGUGACGCUAGCAGACGAGGCACUGCGGCUCACAUCCCAGCUUAUCACGCCCGGUGGGAGCAUCAUCAACGUUAUCCCGGCGCUCCGACACGUUCCUGCGUGGUUCCCUUUUGCAUAUUCGAAGAGGACGGCGGAGAAGGCGAAGGCGAUGACUGAGGAGAUUUUGAGGAUCCCGUUGGAGCAUGUUAAGAGGAACUUUGAAAGAGGUACUGUUUCGCCGUCUUUGGUUACGAAUUUCUAUGAGAGAAAGCUUGCGGUUGGAGCAUCCGAGGAGGAAGAGAUGGUUAUCAAGAACGUUGCGUAUACGGUGUAUGGAGCGGGAUCUGACACGACAGCCUCUCUCACAUACACAUUUGUAUAUCUAAUGACCGUCCAUCCCUCAAUCCAACGUAAAGCCCAAGAGGAAAUCGACAGAGUUGUCGGCUCGAGCCGGUUACCUGCUCUAGCAGACCGCAAGGCGCUGCCGUACGUCGAAGCGGUGUAUAGAGAGGUUUUGAGGCUUUACCCGCCGCUCCCGCUUGGAUUGCCGCGCGCUACGUCCGAGGAUGAUGUGUAUGAUGGGUAUUUUAUUCCGAAAGGAACGACGGUGUUUACGAAUAUAUGGGCAAUGUCGCGUAAUGAACGAGAUUAUCCAGACCCCUCUCGAUUCGACCCCGAAAGACACUUCACUAACGGACAAUUAAUGGAUGAGAAAGCACUAGCGUACGGAUUUGGGCGGAGGAAAGUGGGAUGUGUGGGUAGACCUAUGGCUAGCAAUACGGUCUGGCUGAUGAUGGUAUCCAUCCUCUACGCCUUCACCAUCACAAAAGCCAAAGACGAAGACGGCAACGAUGUGCAAGUGAACGACCAAUUCUUGAGUAUUGGGAUUAUGACCCAUAAGCAGCCGUUCGAAUGCGCCUUCCAUCCGCGUAUCCCUGGGAUCCGCCAGCUUAUUGCAGAAGCUUGA